AUGAAGUCGGAUCUCGAGAAGGGCUCGCCUUCCCUGCAAAGCGAGAGCCAGUUCGAGCUCGAGACUACGCCCACUAGUGAGCUCAAAGAUCCGCUCCCUGAUACCAAGCCCAAGUCGACAUGGCAGCGAUUGAUAUCCGGUCUGAAAGGAGGUGGGGAGGCCCGCGGUAUCGAGCCAGUGCCGUUGGAAGAGCGACAGCCGGUCACUGCUUCAACUUCGUUGCACAUGCUACUCAUGUGGUUUAGCAUGUCGCUCGCCACAAACAAUAUUAUUGUUGGAUCGAUGGGGACGUUUGUGCUGGGCCUCAGUUUCAAGGACGCGGCUUUUUGUGCUAUAUUUGGAAAUCUCCUUGGGGUUUGCACAGUGGGAUACGUGAGCACAUGGGGACCCAUCAGUGGAUGUCGCACCUUGAUCGUGGGACGCUUCCAUAUGGGAUACUAUCCUAGUAAAGUGUGCUGUGCAUUGAAUGUCUUCACCAAUCUUGGCUACUGUAUGGUCAACAGCGUCGUUGGAGGUCAGAUCCUGUCCAGAGUUUCUGGGGGGCAGCUCUCUGUGCUGGUUGGAAUCGUGAUUGUAGCCGGCUUAAGCUGGGUGAUGGCCAUGUUCGGCAUGAAAAUCUUCGCAGUUUAUGAACGGUUUGCGUGGUUGCCACAAUUAAUGGUGCUCUGCGUGAUGCUAGGCUCAGCCGGACCUCACUUCGACUUCAACAUUCACACCGAGAUGUCUCAGGGGGUUCUCAACGCCAAACGCAUUACCUUCUUUUCUCUAUGUAUGUCUAUCGGGCUGGCAUGGGCACCUCUCGCCGCAGACUACUACGUCUACUACCCGCCCCACGUCAAACGCUGGCGCACUUUUGCAGUGACGGUCCUCGGAUGUGGCCAGGCUAUGGCUAUAACCAUUCUUAUUGGAAUUGGACUCGGAACAGCGCUGGCCAGUUCCGCCGAGUAUAGAGCCAAGUAUGGCAACAGCCCAGGAGAUCUGUUGAUGAUGGCAUAUGAUUCCCUUGGAGGAUUUGGCAAGUUCUGCGCGGUGAUCAACGUUUUCGCGCUCCUGGCCAACAACACGCCCGGCGCUUACUCGAUGAGCAUGAAUUUCCAAAUGCUCGGUGAUUUCUUCCGCAAGGUCCCACGACCAGUCUUCGUCACCCUCAGCACAGCCAUCUACUGCGGCUGUGCUAUGGGUGGCCGCAACCAGCUGUAUGAUGUGUUCAAGAGCUUCCUGCCGUUAAUCGGAUACUGGGUGAUGAUGUUCUUUUGUAUUAUUUUAAUGGAGGAUAUCCUGUUCCGCCGCCGCAGUGGUUAUGACUGGUCUUCAUGGAAUACCCCGCAGCAGCUGCCCAUGGGGAUUGCGGCCGGCCUGGCUUUCGCGAUCGGCUGGGCCGGCGCCAUUGUCGGCAUGGAUCAAUCUUACUACGGCGGGCCCGUUGCCAAGCUGGCACAUGGUGCAGACCUCGGAACAUGGCUCGGGGCAGGGUUCACCCUCGUCUCGUUCCCACCCUUGCGUGCAGUCGAACUGUGGUACAUCGGGCGUUGA